UAUCUUCUUUCUCAAAUAUUUAAAUACGAUGGCCUUAGCUCCUCAAUUUUCUGGACACCGUUUAGGUUCUGCUCUUGCACCUAAUACUCUUGAAAUUUACUUGGACUAUGUUUGUCCUUUUUCCGCAAAAAUCUAUAAAAAAAUUCGCGAAGAUGUUUGGCCUUAUAUUGAACAAAUCUAUCCCAAUAAGGUUCAACUCAUCUUUCGUCAACAAGUUCAACCUUGGCAUGCAUCUUCAACUAUUGUUCAUGAGGCUGCUCUUGCUGUUGAAAAAAUUGACAGUAAAAAAUUUUUUGAGUUUUCUGAUAUUUUAUUUGCCAACCAAAAAGAUUAUUUUGAUGAAUCUUUAGAAAACAAAACUCGUAGAGAGACUGCUAAUAGUUUAGCUAAAUUAGCUGAAAAAGUAGGUGUAUCUGCAGAUAAGGUCCUUGAGCUCUUAGUCAAUGGUACAAACGAGCCAAAGAAUGCAGGAAAUAAAGUCACCAAUGACUUGAAAUUAUGUAUUCGUAUUGGUCGUCAAAAUGGUAUUCAUGUCAGUCCUACUCUUUUAGUUAAUGGUAUUCGUGAUGAUAGUGUUUCAUCUAGUUGGGACCUUGAUCAAUGGAAGGAUUAUUUGAAAAACAAACUUUAAAGCAAUAAAUGCGUGUUUUUUUAUUUUUUA